AUGUUGACGGUCUUGCCACGCCUCGGCGCCGGCGCGUGCAUGGAGCACUGCGCCAAGACGGAGAUCCUCUCGCACGUCAUGACCUACGCCCAGUUUAUUCUCCCGCUCCGCCUCGGCGACGCGCAGCACAGCGUCCAUGCGCAAGGCCGAACGUCAGUGGUGCACCAGCUUUUUGCGUCGCUCUCGAUCGUGUCCAAGGCCGUCCAGUGCGCGCUUGCGACGAGCAUGUCGCUGCUCAUGCUCGCGGUCAAGAACUGA